GUGACAACCGCGCCCCCGCUGCCGCCGCCGCACUCGGUCUUCUGUGUCGUGAACGAGCACGUCGAAACGACGUUGACGUGAGGCUUCAAGAUGGCGGAAGCCUUGACGACUCAGGAGGAACUGGCGGUGGAGGAGUUCCUGAGUGAGGUGCGUAGCAGGGAACAUCCCCACAGUGCUGCUCUGGUCUCUCAGCCGACCGCCGUCAAGUUCCUCAUGGCGCGCAAGUUUGAUGUCUCCCGAGCAAUAGACCUCUUCCAGGCAUACAAGAACACGAGGAUUAAGGAGGGCAUCUUCAACAUUAACCCAGAAGAGGAACCUCUCCGUUCUGAACUGCUCAGCGGAAAGUUCACCGUCCUGCCUGGUCGUGAUGCUAAGGGUGCUGCUCUUGCUCUGUUCACCGCUCGUCUCCACCGCUCUGACGUCACUACCCAUAGGGCUGUGCUGCAGGCCAUCAUCUUUCAGCUGGACAAAGCCAUCGAGAGUGUUGACACCCAGAGAGAUGGUUUAAUAUUCAUCUAUGACAUGACCAACUCCAGCUAUGGGAACUUUGACUAUGAGCUCUGUGUCAAGAUCCUCGACCUCCUCAAGGGUGCGUUCCCAGCACGUCUGAAGUGUGUGUUCAUCGUGUCGUCUCCUCUCUGGUUCAGAGCUCCCUUCGCCGUCCUCAGACUCUUCGUACGUGAGAAGCUGAGAGAGAGGGUGUGUACAGUGAAGGCCCACGAGCUGUCCAAUUACAUCCCGGUCUCUUCUCUUCCGGAACACCUGGACGGAACCUCCCGGUACAGCCACGUUGCCUGGAUACAGUCCUGCGUCAACACACACACCGCCCCAGGCGACGCGCGCACACACCCGCACGACACACACGACUGCGUGGGCAGCCUGUUGCUCUCGUACAGCCUGGAGCCUCACAACGCUAACGCCGCCACUACGUUAGCCGCUACGCAAACCUCCAUAGACUCCCACUCAGAUUCGCCGCUGCUGUUAGCCUCCGAGCUAGCGUUAGCGGCUACGGCUAACUCCAACUGCUACGACGACAGUAAUGCUAACUGUGGUACAGUGAACGGCAGGACUCGAGGCCGGGCCCAGAACAGCCCCCAGAGCUCUGGACCACAGAGGAAUCGCCAACAUUGGAACGGUUCUGCCCGUAGCUACGGGGUCAAGGCAGGGUUGGGGGUUAAUACCGUUGUUGGGGUUGUUAGCGGCGCUAGCCCCAAUGCUAACAGCGCGAAUGGUCGCCAGCCCCCUCCCCAGUCGGACACGCCCCCGGACACACCCGUCCAUCACAAAGUAGUAGGAAUUACGACGAGUGGUGGGUCAGAAACCCUCGUCGGCGGAACAGCGAACGAGGAAGAGCGGGAAGGAGAGGAGGAAGAGGAUGAGGUAGAUGGGGUGCCUCCUCUCCCUCAGAAGUCUCUCCCACGCCACCCUCCGUCCCAGUGCCCCUCACUCUGCGGCGCGUCUCAGCCGGACGAGGACCCUUGUCCCCAGGAAGAGGUGUCCGUACACAUGCCUGAUGGGGUGGGGAUGAACGUGUUGGAGCUGGUGGAGCAUGUGAAGAAGAGGAAGAAGAAAGGAAUCUACCAGGAGUACGAAGAGAUACGCAAGGAGCCUCCUACUGGUAGCUUUGACUACAGCAAAAUGCUGUCCAAUCAGAUCAAGAACAGGUACAGUGAUGUCCUCUGUCUGGACCAAUCACGUGUCAGACUCUGCCAGCUCUGUGAUGAUGAGGACGAGACGUCAGACUACAUCAAUGCUAGUCUUAUGGACGGCUACAAGAGGAGCAACGCUUAUAUCGCAACUCAGGGUCCUCUGCCGAAGACGUUUGGUGAUUUCUGGCGCAUGGUGUGGGAGCAGAUGGUGCUGAUAGUUGUCAUGACUACCAGGUAA